AACAUGUAUGGUGCAGUUCCGCGUGACAUGAUAGACGCAGGUCCGAUCCGCGAGGCGAUGUGAUGAACUAUAGACGGCAGGCCCGUGGCUUUAUGAUGCCGUUGCUCGAUAAGCUGCUACCUGCGAGGAAGAGCAGUCCGCGCGAGAGUGCUGAGAGCUUAGUGUCCAGUGCGCGAACAGCUGAGAAUGAUAGGAACUCCGUGUUGCAAGUUGAAGCGGAUCAAGUACGGAUUUUGCUAUUUCGAGAAUGUGAAUGGCGCGGUAGGAAACUUCUGUUCGAUUCGAUGACAGUGCAGAAGCAUCGAAGUAAAAGCGAAACCGUGUGCACUACAGUGAACAACAAUGCGGAGAGAAAAUGCGAGACGCCCUUUAAUAUAGGGAUUACUCGCGAUUUCGAGCGAGAUAAAACUGUGGAAGAUGAUGUGAGUCUCCUGAGCGAAAUGGUGUUCGGCACCGUGGCAAUGACAUACAGGGGGUCGUCGUUUAAGGUUCACUCGAUGAAUUCCCCUUCGUGCAUCAUGUGCACGAAAAUCUUUCCGGCGACGGAACAUGGCACGUGCAAGACGAGUGAAAGAGCCUCGGAUGAAGGACUGGGACGGUCCAUGCACGUGGAUUCUACUUCCAGUAAUACUAGUAUGCGGUCAUUUCAGUCCCGGCCGAGCUCUGGAAAUCUAUCGAGUAACGAUUCGCACGUGGGUCCGCGAAAGAGUUCGACGUGCUCGAGUAUCGGCAGCGGCUGGGACAUAGACAUAGCUCCGCCGACGGGCAGUUCGCAAUCGUUGGAGAGUAACGGAUCGUCCGGGAUCGGCAGUCUCACCAGCUUGCGCAGAAGAUGGUUGAGGGCGGUCUCGACUUCCCUCGGACGAUCGGACUCCGACGACGCUUUCGGGAUGCACUGGAACGAGAACGGAAAUGACGGGCGUGACGGACACACGAAGCGACACAAAACCAGGCUGGGAUUGACGAUGUUAGUGCGUUUGGCUCAGGGCCAUGAAAGCCAGAUGAAGACGCGGCUUUUAGAACACAUGGCUCUCUUAGAAGGGAUGCUGGAUCGUUUGCGAUAUUUUUGCAUCGAGACAAGCAACAUCAAUAGUUCCAACUGCAAGAGAGUGCAGUUGACAGAUAGAAUGUGCAGGGCGAUGUCUCGAUUUGUCAUUUCGCUGUUGCAUAUACUUCUUGAUGUCGACGCUAACGCCCGCACGCCUCUGUUGUGGCACGACGUUCUACUUAACUCCGUGACGGUGAACGACAAGACAAAUACUUUGCAUCGCAGUUUGCAACAAAUGUGUCAGUUGUUCGACGAGCUCGAUACGAAAUCGACAAAUUUUUUCCUAAGCACCGUGGUAACUGCCGUAUUAACGUAUCAUCUCGGCUGGGUGUACACCGUGCUAUCACCGCGCGAUCGGCAUAUGAUCGAGAAACUAGGUAGCUGGUAUUCUUGCAAUCCACUGUGGGCACAACUUGGUGACCUGUAUGGCGCACUAGGCAACCCCGUGAAAGUGGCGCAUACCGUAAUUGCGGGCGAUCCUCGAAAAAGCGAAUUGAUUAAUUCCGUUCUGUCGUUUCUGUCUUAUUUUAUCCGCAGUGGAACGAUACGGAAAUGCCAGGAAUAUCGUUGCACGUCGCAGCAAGACGUGCAGAUGGCGACGAGUAUGCUGGAGCAAGCUCGCAGCAAACAUCCGUAUCUGUUCGUUAACAGGAGGUCGUCGUGCGCGUUCAACGAUCGAGACGCCUCGAUUCGCAGAUGCGAUUCGCGCGUUUUAUCGUCGCGCAAGUCGACACAAUCGCCCGAGACUGGAACCGGCGAUGUUAACGCACAAUGCAAUCCACGGUAUCCUGCGGAACGACCGAGGAUCUCACGAUCCGUCAGUCCCCUGAAGCGUAGCGGCACCAUGAAAUCCGACCUUGACACGCUCAUGACGAAAUCUACCGAGGCGCCGAUAGAUCUCAAGUUUCCAAUAAAAGAAUUUUCAUUGCGCGAAAAUUACAAGAGCGAGAAAUACGAGCUGCUGCAGGAGGACCGGCUUAAGGACAGCGAGAAAAAUUGUAAAAUGUCGAGCGAAGUGAAAAUAAUUGUCAGCGAGGUCGGGUCGCAGGAGGAUAUCACGUCAAAGGGACAUCAGUCUCAAGAUUUCCCGACGUUUCCUUUGCGAGGCCUCGAAAAGAAGUUGGAUGCGCACAAUACCGAGGAGAGUCUUGCGACCGGUAAGACCGAGCUGCAUCAUCAGCUGAAUAACAAUGUGGAUCCGCUGAAGAUGUUCUACAGUAGACCCGAGUUACCGCUUAACGUGAACGGUGGAUUCGUUGACGAGUUCAAGGAAUCGCAGGUCUUUUUCACCCUCGGGGAAGACAAGCCCGCGAAGUUACCGUUGAGACCGCGUCUCGGCAACAGCUGUCAAUGCUCUUACACUUUCACGAGACUGCCUAGUACAUCUGCGCAACUUCCCGAGGGUGUGCUAAGGAAAAUCAUCCAGCGAAAUUUUCCCGAAUCGUCAAAGAGCAUACAGCCGCCUCCGGGGGCGGCAUCCAGCAUGGGUGCGAGGUCCAUAGGCUUUUGUUUGAAAUGCAACGGUCAGGGAUACGCUGCCUCGCAAGAUUAUGACAGUAGUAAGCAAGUGUUGGAAACGCCGACGAAUGCGACGGAGGUGUUGCGCACGUGCGGAAGUUCCGAAGGUGGUAGAACUCUCAAAUUGUCGCGGUCCAACAGUCUUGAGGCUCUGAUGGAAGCCAACAGUGUCGUGGAGUUGCCAAUGCCACAAUCGAGAAAAAUUCCACAGGUCAAAACUGCAGAAUUAGUUAGAGAAAUGGGCUUCACGAAAACUCUCAUGCGGAAUAAGACGACGAAUGACGAGUCUAACAUUCUAAAUACAGGCUAUACGUGGGGUUUGGUGCUACAAGGCAUAACUAAGAAAAAGAAGAGGAGAAAAAGGAAAAAGCUAGAGGAUGAGAAGGACAAUCCCGAGAUUGAAUCGGAGGAGAAGUGGUGGUCGUACAUGCGGGAAGAAGUUAUGGCCAGCGCUCGAUUUCCGAUGAUCGAUCAACCGGUUGCGGAAGCACUCUGCGUGCUGGCUGACCUGGACACAUGGCACGUCGGAAUUUUAUCGAAUAACAUGCCUUGGCAAAGUCCUCCGCUACCGGUCGGAAUGUCGCGUCUGGUGUCGAAUAUGCUGGAAUCUUUCGCCUAUGUAUGGCGAAAAUACCACUCUCCUACCCACUGUAUAGCGAUUUUGGAGGCUAAACUGAGGGAAUUAUGGUUGAGAAGCGAAGCCUUGGCGGAGAUGAUGAUGUCUAUGGCAGAGUCCGACGCCAAUGUGAGCAGCUUAACGAACGCUCUUGAUCUCGAUGCAGCCGACAUACCACUUUUACUCGCGGUCGCAACCACUCAUUCUCCGGAAAUAGCGCAACGAUUUGGUCUUACGCUAACUUAAAUUCAUUCGAUCGUUUAUAUUGAUUUUCUUCUUACGUUAUUUUGAUAUAGAUACUUUCUGAGUAGCGUAUCAAUAUAUGUUAUAUCUAAACCAAAAAAGAACUAAUGAUCUUCGCCGAAUAGCAUAAUCUCAUAACACGUAAUUAAGUACAUAAUAUCAUAAUUGUGCGCGCGUAAAUUAAAUUAUAGGUUAUAGGAUAUUAAGAUUUAUUCUCGCGUUUAGUCUCGUUUCAGCGUUUUUUUUAAUGAGUCGCGUAGUUCUUAUAAAACUAAAUCAAUGGCUGAUUUCUUACUAAUAAAAUAUGUACUAUCAA